GCAGUCAUGUGCAGCAGGUGCUUAUAAAUUCAGGAGCCUCUUCCUCACUGACACAGUAAGCACACAGCAUGACACGAGGACACUAAAGGGACGAGCUACCUGAUGGAUUGUAUAUUCUUCCCACUGUGCCUGAUUAUAACUUUCCUGGAAAACUACUAAGAGAGUGGUGGUAUGCUGGCGGCUUCGCUUCAAACAAAGUUUAUGGCACAAAGUAUUUCCACAAUAGAACCACCUGCAAAGACCAGUGUUCUUCUUGAGAAAACUUGAAACUCUUCUUUACCCUCAAUUACAGACCAGGUGAAGAAAUGGUUGGAAUGAAACCCAAAGACAUGGUGCCCUCUGCGGCAGUCAAGUUCUUCGGAGCAGGCACGGCAGCCUGCAUUGCUGACCUCGUCACCUUUCCACUGGAUACCGCCAAAGUCAGACUGCAGAUUCAAGGAGAGACUCAUAAAACCGAAGUGGCCAGUGCAACGAAGUAUCGCGGCGUAUUUGGUACUAUCACCACCAUGGUACGCACAGAGGGGCCCAGGAGUCUUUACAAUGGACUGGUGGCGGGACUCCAGAGGCAGAUGAGCUUUGCUUCUGUCCGAAUCGGUCUUUACGACUCCAUGAAGCAAUUCUACACACGAGGCACUGAGAGUGCUGGGAUUGUUACUCGGCUCAUGGCGGGCUGCACCACAGGAGCCAUGGCUGUGGCCUUUGCACAACCAACAGAUGUGGUGAAGGUGCGUUUCCAAGCCCAAGUGCGAGUGGCUGAUGGUGGGAGGAGAUACAACAGCACCCUGGAUGCCUACAAGACGAUUGCACGAGAUGAAGGAGUUAAGGGCCUUUGGAAAGGCUGCAUGCCCAACAUCACCCGUAAUGCCAUUGUAAACUGUGCAGAACUGGUGACCUAUGACAUGAUCAAAGAACUCAUCCUGAAGUAUGACCUAAUGACAGACAACCUGCCCUGCCACUUCACAGCCGCCUUUGGUGCAGGCUUUUGCACAACAGUUGUGGCUUCUCCUGUGGAUGUAGUCAAAACACGGUUCAUGAACUCAGGGGCUGGCCAGUACAGCAGCGCGGUUAACUGUGCUCUCACCAUGCUGAGAAAUGAAGGACCCACGGCCUUCUAUAAAGGGUUCAUGCCUUCUUUCUUGCGACUGGGGUCCUGGAACAUUGUGAUGUUUGUGACGUAUGAACAAAUUAAACGAGGUAUGACCAGGGCACAGCAGUACUGGGAGUCAAUGGUUGGAUUUGGACCUGCAGAUGUGCCUCCAUCAGCAGCUGUGAAGUUUGUAGGAGCAGGUACUGCAGCCUGUAUCGCUGACCUGCUCACUUUUCCCCUGGACACAGCCAAAGUGCGACUUCAGAUCCAAGGGGAGGCCAAAGCCUCAGCAGCUGCAGGGAAAGGGUCUGCAGUGAAGUAUCGAGGAGUGUUUGGCACAAUCACCACCAUGGUGCGCACAGAGGGGCCCAGGAGUCUUUACAGUGGACUGGUGGCGGGACUCCAGAGGCAGAUGAGCUUCGCCUCUGUCCGCAUUGGUCUCUAUGACUCUGUAAAACAGUUCUAUACUAAAGGCUCUGAUCAUGUCAGCAUCGGCAGUCGGCUGCUUGCAGGAUGUACCACAGGUGCCAUGGCGGUUGCUUUUGCUCAGCCCACAGAUGUGGUGAAAGUCCGCUUCCAGGCACAGGCCAGGUCUUCCGGGCACGCCAGACGCUACUGUAGCACCAUGGAUGCUUACAAGACCAUUGCUAAGGAAGAAGGCAUUCGUGGUCUAUGGAAAGGUACAGCUCCAAACAUUGCACGUAAUGCAAUUGUCAACUGCACAGAGCUGGUGACAUAUGACUUCAUCAAGGAUACACUUUUGAAGUCCACUCCCCUGACAGACAAUCUGCCCUGCCACUUUCUAUCAGCCUUUGGUGCAGGGUUAUGCACAACAGUGAUUGCCUCUCCAGUUGAUGUGGUCAAGACAAGAUAUAUGAACUCUGCUCUUGGCCAGUACAGCAGCGUCCUCAAUUGUGCUGCUGCCAUGAUGACCAAAGAAGGACCACUUGCCUUUUAUAAGGGGUUCAUGCCAUCUUUCCUACGCCUGGGCUCCUGGAACGUGGUGAUGUUCGUGACAUAUGAGCAGCUGAAACGGGCCAUGAUGGCAGCGAAUCACUGCACAACUGUACUGUAGUCAUUAGUGCCUGGCAGAGGGCUGAUGUUGUAGCACACCAAUGUUGUUUACACAAUUCUUUACCCAUUGUUGCCUCCUAGUGCAUAUUUCGACUCAAAGUAUAAAAUGUGUUUAUACUGAUAAUGACAUAAAUGUAAUAACAAUAACCAUUAGCAACACAUGUAUUAAAAUGUGAUCAUGUUUA